AGGUGCUAGAAGCGGGGCUGGGCGAGGUGUGUGCCCGCUGGGCUCCCGGGCCGCCGCCCCCUCACUGCCCGGGUCUUUCCCUCCCUGCGUGCUCCCCAGCGCGUCCAGCCCCCUGCCUCCGCGCCCCGGCCCAUGGCGCCCCGCGGUUGAGCCAGCGCCGCCAGGGACCCCUCCCGCGGGCCUCCCCGGGGCGUGCAGAUCCCGGAGCCGCCCGCCCACCCUCCGCGGAGCCUCCCUCCCCUCCUUGCCCGAGCCGGGCGGGACCAUGGCUGCGAAGCUGCGAGCGCAUCAGGUGGACGUGGACCCGGACUUCGCGCCGCAGAGCCGGCCGCGCUCGUGUACCUGGCCCCUGCCGCAGCCCGACUUGGCUGGCGACGAGGACGGAGCGCUGGGCGCAAGGGUGGCUGAGGGCGCCGAGGACUGCGGGCCGGAGCGCCGGGCUACGGCCCCAGCGAUGGCCCCAGCGCCGCCGCUGGGCGCGGAGGUCGGACCGCUGCGGAAAGCGAAGAGCUCCCGGCGGAACGCGUGGGGGAACCUGUCCUACGCUGACCUCAUCACCAAAGCCAUCGAGAGCGCCCCGGACAAGCGGCUCACGCUCUCGCAGAUCUACGACUGGAUGGUCCGUUACGUGCCCUACUUCAAGGAUAAAGGCGACAGCAACAGCUCGGCCGGCUGGAAGAACUCCAUCCGACACAACCUGUCGCUGCACACGCGUUUCAUCCGUGUGCAGAACGAAGGCACAGGCAAGAGUUCGUGGUGGAUGCUGAACCCGGAGGGCGGAAAGACGGGCAAGACCCCGCGGCGUAGGGCCGUGUCCAUGGACAACGGAGCCAAGUUCCUGCGCAUCAAGGGCAAGGCAAGCAAGAAGAAGCAGCUGCAAGCACCCGAGCGCAGCCCAGACGACAGCCCUCCGGGCGCGCCUGCCCCAGGGCCGGUGCCCGCUGCGGCCAAAUGGGCCACCAGCCCCGCCUCGCACGCCAGCGAUGACUACGAGGCGUGGGCCGACUUCCGCGGCGGCGGGAGACCUAUGCUCGGGGAGGCGGCCGAACUGGAGGACGACGAGGCCCUGGAGGCCCUGGCGCCGUCAUCGCCGCUCAUGUACCCAAGCCCCGCGAGCGCGCUGUCGCCGGUCCUGGGCGCGCGCUGUCCCGGGGAGCUGCCCCGCCUGGCCGAGCUGGGAGGCCCGCUGGGGCUGCACGGCGGCGGCGCGGGGCUGCCCGAGGCCCUGCUGGACGGCGCGCAGGACGCGUACGGGCCGCGGGCCCGCGCCGGGACGCCGGCCUACUUUGGCGGCUGCAAGGGCGGCGGCUACGGUGGGGGCGGGGGCUUCGGGCCGCCCGCGCUGGGCGCGCUGCGCCGCCUGCCCAUGCAGACCAUCCAGGAGAACAAGCAGGCCAGCUUCGCGCCGGCCGCCGCGCCCUUCCGCCACGGGGCGCUGCCCGCGCUGCUGCCGCCGCCGCCCGCGCCCAGGCCCGGCCCGGUGCUGGGCGCGCCAGGGGAGCUGGUGCUGGCGGGCGCGUCGGCCGCCUACCCCGGCAAGGGGGCCGCCCCGUACGCGCCGCCCGCGCCCUCGCGCAGUGCCUUAGCCCACCCCAUCAGCCUUAUGACGCUGCCCGGCGAGGCGGGUGCCGCGGGCCUGGCACCGCCCGGCCACCCUGCCGCCUUCGGGGGCCCUCCUGGCGGCCUCCUGCUGGACGCGCUGCCGGGCCCGUACGCGGCCGCCGCCGCCGGGCCGCUGGGUGCUGCGCCCGACCGCUUCCCGGCCGACCUGGACCUCGACAUGUUCAGCGGGAGCCUCGAGUGCGACGUCGAGUCCAUCAUCCUCAACGACUUCAUGGACAGCGACGAAAUGGACUUCAACUUCGACUCGGCCCUGCCUCCGCCGCCUCCUGGCCUGGCCGGGGCCCCGCCCCCCAACCAGAGCUGGGUGCCGGGCUGAGGGCCGCCUCCCGCGCCCCGGGUGUCCCCGUCCCGUCCCCAAGGGGCCUGUCUUCCCAUCCUGAACCCCGGGUCCCCAUCCCCAUUGUAGCUCCCCAGGAGGCAGCCCCAGCCCUGCUAGAGACCUCAGAAGUUGACCGCUGAGGGAAAUGGGAGGGAGGGGCUGGGGCAUCCCACCAUUCCUGCCCAAACUCCUGCGACCCGCUCCCCUCCUCCUGGGGCAGGGAGCCUGGGAGAAGAGGCUGAAUUCUGGGCUGGGCAGGAGUGGGGAGGAACGAGGUGGGACGCCUGGUGUGGACGCUGGCUGGGGAAGCCAACUAGGAAAUGGGCCAUGGCGGGGAGGGGGCGUUUCCGGGUCUUCAGUUUCCUUUGCGGAGCCCUAGCUGUGACUCCUCCCCCCCCCCCAACUGCGAUCUGAUUCCCAAAUGACACACUUUCCCACCGGUCUUAGCCUCACUCGCCCAAUGCCAGCAACCCUCUUAUUGGCCAUACCCUCCCCCACGGUUCAGCCCCUCCCUCCCAUCCUUGCCGGCCCUAGCCUCUCCCCUCCCCCGUCGGAGUCAGUCCUUUCCAACCCUCCGACUCCCAAGUACUGGUCUCAGCCUCUCCUGCGGGCCUCAGCCCCAGAUCCACCCCCAAGCCGUCACCCCUUUCUCCGCGCCAGUCCUGGCCCCUCUCCCAUAUUUAUAAGUGUCCGGUCGGGGCGGGCGGUGGGCGCGGCGUCCCCGGCGCGUAUCGUAGGCAGUGUACCGUGGCCGUGCCGUCAGCGUGUGCGUGUGCGUGUGUGCCGUGUCGAGGCCGUGUAGAGUGCAUUGUACAGCAUAUUUUCAUGAAUAAAAUUGUUUUAAAUAUU